ACUUGGGAGGGGGAGGAGGGUUCAGGUCUAAAUCGGACUUGAUGGUCACCUAGGAGUCUGCCAGGGGCAGCCCAUGAGAGGGUGGGGAGGAUUCCCGGUCAAAGUCAAAGGUGGGCGGCGAUGGAAGAGAGAUCUCCGAAGGCUUCCAGGAGGAAGAGGCAAGGGGGAAGAAAAUGGAAGCCUUCGAAGUCACCCCGCCCGCGACCACAUUCCGAACCCUACUCUGACUCCAUUAGAGAAAAGGCCUCUCUUACUCCGAAAGUCGCCGCCGCCAGGGAGGGCCUGCCGCUUCUGUGCGCCUGCGCACAGGGAACAGAGGUGGGGGUGGCGGGGAAGAAGCAGCGGAAGGGGGAGUUGCGCCACCCGGAGCCGCUGAAGCUGUUCUAGCCAUUACAGCGCUCCGCCCCCCGUCCUGCCACCGCCUCUGUCACUGCUCCUCCCCCAGCUGCGGCUGCGGCUGCGGCGGCUGCUGAGCAUCCACAAGGCCGCCAUGGACGUGCUCAACCAGCUGGUGGCUGGAGGUCAGUUCCGAGUAGUCAAAGAGCCCCUGGGCUUCCUGAAGUUACUGGAAUGGGUCUUUGCCAUUUUCGCCUUUGCUACCUGUGGGAGCUACACGGGGGAGCUGAAACUCAGUGUGGAAUGUGCCAACCGGAGUGAAAGCCAGCUCAGCAUUGACGUGGAGUUCGCCUAUCCCUUCAGGCUGCACCAAGUGUACUUCGAUGCCCCGACCUGCCAGAACAAUGGUGCCAAGAAAGUCUUCCUGGUGGGCGAUUACUCAUCUUCUGCGGAGUUCUUUGUCACCGUGGCUGUCUUUGCUUUCCUCUACUCCAGUGGCGCCCUGGCCACAUACAUCUUCCUCCAGGACAAGUACCGAGAAAACAAUAAGGGUCCCAUGAUCGACUUCUUGGUCACGGCGGCCUUUGCCUUCCUGUGGUUGGUGAGCUCCUCUGCGUGGGCCAAGGGCCUGUCUGAUGUGAAGAUGGCCACUGACCCAGAGAAUGUGAUCAAGGGCAUGAGUAGCAUCUGCACCCAGCCUGGUGUGGCCUGCAAGGAGCUGAGGGACCCGGUCACCUCAGGCCUGAACACUUCUGUGGUAUUUGGAUUCCUCAAUCUGGUCCUGUGGCUGGGCAACGUGUGGUUUGUGUUCAAGGAGACCGGCUGGUCUGCACCAUUCCUGCGCCCACAGCCCCCUGUCCCGGAGAAGCAGCCUGCCCCCCCGGGAGACACCUAUGGGGAGUCUGGCUAUGGCCAGGGCCCUGGCAGCUACGGGCCUCAGGGUGGCUACCAGCCCGACUAUGGGCAGCCUGCAGGUGGCAUGGGAGGCUAUGGGGGCCAGCCCACAGACUACGGCCCCCAGGGCGCACCCACCUCCUUCUCUAACCAGAUGUAGGCUGGUUGAGAUGGGGCAGGGGUGAGACAUCCACCUCUGCUACCUCCUGCUGGAAGCCCUCUGGUGUGUGGGUAUGGGAACGGGAGUGUAGGGGGAAUAUCUGAGCAAACCUGCCUGCCUGUCUACCUGCCUAGGAGCCCCAAGUUCCAAUUCGUGCUCCCCCCCCCAGGGGCUCUUCUAGUUGUCUUUGGUGUUUCUACAUAAUAUAUUCUAUACAUAUAUAUUCCAUAGAAAGCUAUAUUAUUUAUCCAGAGUCCUGGGCUCUCCCCCACUCUGCUCUGGGCAACAGGAGCCACAACAGCAAGCCCAGACCCCACCCCCCCAGGCUCCUCCCUUCCAUCCCAGUUCCCGGGGGCCGGGACAGCCUGGGUCCCAGAAGGAGCUGGCCUCAGAACGUGAGCGCCCAGGAGGCCCUUGGGGACUCGGGUAACUUGGUGACUCCGAGGAGCCAGGAGAGGGAGGAAGAGAUAACUGGGGCUUCCGAAGGCUCCUGGGAGAAGGGAGGGAGGCCGGAAGCGCUCUAGGCAGAAGGCUGCGGGCCGAUCGCCCAGCAGAGGGCCCCCUGGGGGGGCCAGGAGGGAAGGUUUGCAGGAAGCUCCGGGCCCCCCUGCCCCCGCCCCUCCCGCAUCCGUAAUUCCUGGUGGUGCCUGUGCCGUGUGUCUACGUCGUCCAGCUUUGUGGCCCUCUCCACCCCCACCCCCCACCCCAGUGUCCUUAAAUAAACAUACCGAGCCCAUCAAA